CCGAGCUGCCGGCAACAUGGCUGCUCGGCCGAUGGGAGCGGCUGGGCAGCAGCAGGAUAGCUGGUUUGGUACUGCACAUGCUGGCCAGCAAUUUCAGAAUGGGAAGAGGAAAGCUGAACAAGCUAAGAAAGAUGAAUUCAUCAAAACCACAGAAAAACUAAAAACUCAGCUUUUAAAUAUAGAAAAAGAGAAAAAUGGACAUCUUUACAAUAAGAAGAGUGAUUUCAGGGUAGAAUAUGGCGCACUAGAGAAAAUGGAACAUAGCAUGACAGUCAGCAGGAAAACUGAAAAAGCUAAAAUCUGGCAGCAGCUGUCAAAAAUACAAAAUAAUGUGGAGAGACUUCAGCAACAAUUAACAAUUGUGAAGCCUACACCAGAAUUUGUUGACAAGCUCAAGGAAAUUAUGGAAGAAGUUGAGAAUGCAAUCAAUGCUUUUAAAGUGGAACAGAGGCAAAUAUAUGAACAGCUUUUGAAGGAGAAAAAAACUGCCACCGAUGAGCUCAGUGUUUUUGAGAGAAAAGUGGAACUGUGGAUGGUAGGCAGCUCAAAACCAGAGAGAGUUUUGACAUUAUCAUCAGCCAGGGCCUCAGCUGAUAAAACACUGGAAAAUCAUCUACCUGAAGAAGUAGUAGAGUUCAAAAGAUUUCUUUGGCGAACAGGAGGGUGGCAAGGAGGCUGGGAUGAUUACAAUCAUCAGAACUUUCUCAAAAUACGGACAAAACACAAAGGAAGGUUAUCUUACGUGAGCGAAGCCCAGGAGUAUCUCUAUGGAAGAACAAAGGAAGAUAUUGAACAGCACGAAAAAUGGUAUCAAGAAUUUCUAACUUUACACAAAAGAAAGAAAGAGUCAAUUAAGAGGUGGAAAGAAAAGCAGCAACAAGCUAAAAAAGCAAGUUUGAAGGAGAAGGACAAAUCAGGAGAAAAGCUCAAAGAAGAAUGGCUACACCAUGAAGAAGCUCACAAGCAAAAAGAGGAAGAAAAAAGAAAAAGAAAACAAGCAGCAAUUGGAGCAGGGAGGAAACAGAAAGCAGUAACAUUUGUGAUGAAACAAGCAUCUAAAACAGACCAGAAGGAGAAAAAGCAAGAAAAAGAACACCAGCGCCAAUGCCAGAUGAAGUUACGGUUGGAGAAAUACACUUCACAGAAAAAAGAAAAGGGGGAACUUGAAAAGCUUGGAAAGGAGAAGAGAGAGGAAGCUGAAAAGGAGGAAAGGAAGAGAAUUGCUGCAGAAGAAAUUACUAAGUUGCAUGGGAUCUGUAUAAACUGGAGCUAAGGAUCUACAGAAACAAGCUAAAGAAGCUGAGAAACAAGAAAAAGAAAAAAGGCUGGCAAAGUUAAGAGAGAAAGUGCCUCAUUUUUUUGGUUUGUUU